CCCCGUCCGAGCUCCCGACGGAGGGAGGCGCUCCCACCCCCCCCGGAGCCGCGCUCCUUCGCCCGCCUGUCGGCGGCGGCGCCAGGGACGCUCGGCAGGCACGUCCCGCUCCUCCUCCUCGCGGCUGCUCCGCCCGGCUGUGCAACAGUUUCCCCGAAGUUGCCGGAGGGCGGCGGCGAGGCGGAGCCGCCGAGAGCCGCCCUUGGGCGGGCAGGAGAUGCUCGGCGGGGAAGAAGCCGCCGCCGCCGCUUCCUACUCCUCCGCCUGGGCGACGCGGUACCUGCCUCGCGCAGCGUCUCCUUCGGGGACUCUGGAGCCGGCGCGCUCCUCCUGAAGGCCGGGAGGGAGGCGGCGCGGCGCGGCCGGGCUCGGCUCCAGCAUGGGCGCCAAGCAGACCAAGGGCUGCCCGCCCCCCGCCAGCCCCCAGACCGCCGCCCGCCGUAGGAUGCUGCCCUCGCGAGAGCGCGGGGAUUUCCUGGCGUCUCUCGUUGUUCGCUCGAGCGAAAAGUUUGGCAAGGGCGGCGGUGGCGGCCUCCCCCCCUAUCACCGCCGGAUCGGCCUGAUCCAGGACUUGCUGGGGAUGGUCAAACAAGGCAAGCAGGAGGAGGCGACCGACCUGCUGAAGCACCUGCGCCAGGAUUUGGGCAUGGAGUCCACCUCGCUGGAUGACGUCCUGUAUCGCUACGCCAGCUUCAGGAACCUCGUGGAUCCCAUCACCCACGACCUGAUCAUCAGCCUCGCCAGAUACAUCCACUGCCCCAGACCAGAGGGAGAUUCUCUGGGGGCCAUGGAGAAGCUCUGCCGGCAGCUGACCUACCACCUGAGCCCCCACUCACAGUGGCGACGGCAGGGCAUCAUGAAGAGGAAGCCGCAGGCUUGUUUGAAAGCAAUCCUGGUAGGGAGUCCCCAGAACAAUGCAGUGGAUCUGUCUGGCAUCCCUCUGACCAUGAAGGAAUUGGACCGGGUCAUCUCCUAUCUCCAGCAGAGCUCGGAGCACAUUGAGAAUGUGGAGCUCUGCUUCACGGACCUCACGGACGAGAUGUUUCUGCAGCUGCUUCCUGUCCUCAGUGCCCUGCCUCGCCUUGCAACUCUUUCCCUCAAUGGCAACAGGCUCACCAAGGCCAUCCUCCGGGACCUGACAGAGGCACUGAAAGACUCCAGGAAUUUCCCCAGCAUGACCUGGAUUGAUCUGGGCAACAAUGUGGACAUUUUUUCUCUGCCACAGCCGUUCCUGGUCAGCCUUAAGAAACGCUGCCCCACCCAAAGCAACCUACCAACCAUUCUUGAGUUUGGUGAGGGCCAGGUGAGCGACCCGGAGAGCCAAGAGGGUCUGGCCUCAGGGGAUGAGGACCGAAGUGUCAGGGGUGUGGGUGAGGCGGCCAGGCCCAAACAGGUACAGGCAGGAGAAGUGAUUGAGGUUAGGCUGCAGCCAAGCCAGUCGGCAGAUCAAGAGGCUGCCCCAGGGCUGCUUCAGACAUGAAGCGUGUGAAGCCCAGGUGCCUCUCCUUGGGCCAGAAGGCUCUACAUGUCCCCCUCCAUGGCAGCGGCAAGGAUCUUGGCCAGACUUGGCGGAAGCCGAUGAGGGUCCUCUUGUAAGGAUGGAUGGAUGCCAACCACUUUCAUUUAUUAGAGGGGGGCCAGGCUGCACUUCUCCGUGCAAUACUGAUGUGUGUUCUUAACCCUUUAGUCCAAGAUCUUGUAACCUAAUGCUGAGGAGUUUCACUAGCAUUGCUGCCUGCUUUAGUGCCAAAGAGAGAAAAUGAAAAGGUGAUGAUACCACCACUGAGGGAGUCUUUUUGGGCACAGCUUUCAAGUUACACAAAACUCUUCAUCAGGAUUUCAUCUAAUUUUCCACUCUUCAUAGUGGUUACAGAUUUUUUAAAAACUUCCCAGGUUGAAUAUAAAGUUUUGUGGCAAAAGUUUUAGGAAAGGAUUUCUGUGUCAAAGGGGGAAGAGGUGUAACAGGGAGAGGAGUUACCUCACUGAAUCGAGUGAAAUAUGGGUCUUCAAAUGAAGUUGCUUUCUAGAGCUGAGAAAUGGUCCUGAGCCUAACGUCACCUGUGCAAGAAGUGAGUGGGUUCCCCCCCCCACUCAUAACCCCACAAUUUUACAUGUUGAACUUUCAGUGCAACACAGGAUUUGAAUGAGCCAGAUGUAAAACCUGCAGUAGUGUCAGAUUCUGGACUGGUUUAUAGAGUGAACCUGUUCAGGCAGAGCAGGGCACUCUGAGAAGCUGACAGAGCUUAAAAAUGUAACCUGGUUGUGCCGUGCCCAUUUUGAUUCAGUGCCAACUGCCACAACCACUCAUGACAAAACCAGGGGGAAAUCAAGCCAAUGACUGUUCCAGAUGUCCUUUAUAGUGUGAAAUAGCUAUCAGUGUCUUCAUGUGAUGUCUUCAGUUCCUUUGAAUGUCCCAUCACUGUGACAGAAGAGAAUGUGGAGGCGGAGUUAAGUGUACAGAACUCAGCUCUGUGGUCUCAACCGUGGGUGAUUUUCUCACCAUAAAUAUGAAAGAAAAGGGACUGGCAGCCAGGCCACCUGGUACUCAAUCUUCACGUUGAGAAUAUUUGCUUUUGAUUUUCAGUCUGUCCCCGGACAUUGUAAGCCACCCCGCAAGACCGAGUCAGUAGUCUCUUUCCAUUCUCAAUGUGCAUUGUGCUGCAAUUUCUGUAACCCCCUUAAAAAAGCCACUGAUGGAAGUGACCACGUCUGACACUGAGCUAGAACCCCCCAGAACAGGAAGGGAUAAAAUUUUAUUUCUAGCCACCUUCAGCUUCCAACACCAACAAAAUCAGGCUGCUGUCUCUCAUGGGAUUUUCCCUGUGGCACAAACGCCACUCAUAUUUUCAAUUGGCUGGGAUACCCACAUGUCCUUUUGAGGUAUUAAUCCGUGGCUUCAGAUUUUGUCAUUGCUUGCAUGUUGCUGAAACUGUUUUUAUCCGUUUUGUCAAGCAGCAAUAACAAUAAACAUUUUUACUGAAAUAGAAGGGUUUGUCUGCAGUCAGCAUAAGUGACGGUUUUAGGGGGAGGCCGAGUGUUUCUCUUGGAGCAGAAUGGUUGCUUCUAUUGCUGUGAGGGAAUUGUGUGAAAUGCUGUAAGGGGCAACAACUUUCCUCAAAAGGCCAGGGUUUACCCUGAAUCAAGGUGAGCAAA